AUGGAUCUGCUAGUGCAGCUGGAUGCUGCAGUCUUGAGUAGGAUUCUGUCAUCGCUGCCACAAAGGCAGGCACUUGCUUUAACAAUUCUCGCGCAAGACUGGCUACAACUAGUAGCAGCUCAUCUUUGGCGCUUGGUCGUCAGCCCAGACCUUUCGCCGGGCCUGGCACAAACUGCUGCCACUCACUGCGUUCGGCUGCGUGAAGUUGUGUUUCAGUCCAGCAGUCAAGCUGCUCAAGCGUCCGAGCAGGAAGCCAGAGCAUUUUGGCUACGUGCUGCUGGGAUAUGGCGCAGCUUGCUGACGACUCCGGUUGCUCCUUUGAGGCAGCUCACUCUUCGAGGGUCAGGCGAGGCAGAUGGGAAGAGUGCGGUUCCAUUCCUGGCUGAGCUACCGAAGUCAGCUGACUUGUGCCUCCGGGACUUUCACGUGGAAAACAUGAUGGACGUAGAAAACCAGGGUAUCAUGGCAUUCCUGCUCGAAUUUCUGCCGCCUUUGCCGCUCACGUCGUUAAGACUGCGAAACUGCAACUUAAAAAGUUCGGAAAUUCUUGACUUGUGCCGUGCGCUGCAAAUGGCACCAAUGCUCAACUCCCUUUCGGAUCUCGACCUUUCGCAGAAUGCAAUGUUUGAGGAAGGGGCAGGUGCACUGGCUCAGCUGCUGCCGGUUUCAGGACUCCGAAGCCUGGCACUCUCUGGGAACGGACUUGGGCCUGUGGGCUUAGCAGCACUUGCGAAUGCAUUUCCACCAUCGCUCAAGCAUUUGGACUUGUCUCUGAAUGGACUCGGUACGGUGGGGCUGGCAGUCCUGCAGCAAUCGAAUCUACGGCUGGAGUCGCUGAACGUACGGGGCAAUUGGUUGGGAGCCAGCGACACUGAAGUGCUGCCACGCCUGUUGCGGUCGAUGAGCGACAGUAUUUCAAGAAACUCAACGUAUUGGUCCGCUCUUGCGAACGUUUGCCACACCACUACAAGUGGUUCACUGCUCUCGAGUGCCAUGGCGAGCCCUGCAAAGGAAAUCGGCGCAGCGAUGGUUGCAGCCACAGCUGUGCCGUUGGCCCUGAACUGGACAGAUGUCAUCAAGACCCGAAUGCAAGGCAUCCCGUCUCCAGGUUGCACAGUGCCAGCUUACACGGGCGGCUUUCUCACUGUCGCGCAGCGGGUUCUCGCAGAGGAAGGAUUGCUAGCGCUGUGGUCCACCGGCAUGCUGGCGUCCUUAGGACGCGAAUGCACCGUGGUUGGUACCCGCAUCGGCGCAUAUCCAGCAGUUAGAGACGGCCUCUCCAUGGUUGCGAAGGGGAAGAGUGGUGGGGAGGCGGGCCUGGGCAGCAAGUUCAGCGCCGGUGUGGUACUUGGGGCUUUAUCUGGCCUGCUCGCUUCGCCCUUCGACUUGGUGCGGAUUAGGGUCCAAGCCGAAGCCGGCAGAUGCGAUAGCGGAAUUCUUACGACGGGACUUUGUGCCGGACAACCUCAACGAAUUCGCGGCACGGUGUCGGGUUUCAAAGCUGUGUUGAGCAACGGUGUCCUCAACAUCUUCAGAGGCUCGGGCAUCAAUGUCGUUCGCAGCGUGUGCAUGACUGUUGGCACCGUGCCGGUCUACGAGCACAGCAAGCACCUGGCCAAGUCGCAGGGAGUGGCAGACUCUCCUGCCCUUCAUCUCGGCGCCGGAGUAGUGGCAGGACUUGCUGGGACCACGGUUACGGCUCCUGCAGAUGUUGUGCGGACACGGAUCAUGCAGGAAGGCGGUGCCAGCCGGACCCAUGUCAUCUCGGCAGUUUCUGCCAUCGCACGUGAUCGUGGCCUUGCCGGCUUUUUUCGAGGAUGGAUCCCAGCCUAUAUGAGAGUGGGACCGCUGUUCCUGUUGAUGCCUGCAUUGGUGGAGCAAGUGCGCAAACUCUUUGGUCUGGACUUUAUCGUUUGA